AUGUUGACUCCUUCCUUGACAUACGUGAUUAUUGCCCAGCGAAGGGGAAAGGCGUUCGAGGAGGCGCACACGCGGAAAAGUACUCCAGGAAGCACUGCGAUUUGAGAUCAAGAAUGCGGGAAUAACUCUCGCUGCUACGACUUCGCAGGUCAGCGUGACUCGCGAUUUCAGUGCUCACGGUGAGGCACGCAAGGAACGAACGUCGGUGUGCAAUGUCCGUGAUUGGACGGGGAGCCUGGAGCCAUCAAACAAGUCGAGACGUCAAGGCAGUGUCCGUAUCUUUCAAGUCGUGCAUAGCUACACCAUUGUGGUCUUGCCUCGCGAUAUCAGGGCGAAUUUCAUCUUCUUGGACGUACGCGAUGGGAUCCUGCUGAAUGCUCAAUUUGUGAACCUUCGUCUCGAAUGCACAGCAAUAUCAAAAAGAAUCUUCGGAACAGCCUGAACCCGUCGACCACCAAAUUUCGAGCCUUUGGCUGAUGUCAGGCUCUAUCAUCACAAUAUCGCAUUUGGCGCUUCCGAGGCAAGGAGCUAUGCCUUCAUUGCGCAUGAGCACCGAAACACCACCCAACAAUUAG